UUUGGACACAUGCGAGCGUCCCCGUGAGGACAAGACCUGAGAAGUUAGAGACACAGUACUCACUCACACACAGAGACUCACACACAGAGACUGACACACUGUCUCACACACAGAGACUGACACACAGAGACUCACACACUGUCUCACACACACUGUCUCACACACACUGUCACAGUUCGAAUCCUCUCAGCUGGACAGGGACCUGCAGACACCAGGAGACACUUCCACAGCUCCACCGUCCAUCAUGUCCACAAACCAGAUCUUCCUCGGGGACAGGAGCGACGUCCCCGACCUCCUCAAGUCUCUGGCGGACUAUCCUUUCUCCUUCCCCGCGUUUGAUGACACAGAAAUAGAGAAGGAGAAGCUCUGCUCAACUGAGGAAGUGGAAGGAGGCGGGGCAGAGUCAGCCAGUGCUGGUGGAGAUUCUCGAGGAGGAGGAGCUGGUGGCGGCGGUGGAGGAGGAGGAGGAGGAGGAGGAGGAGGAGGAGGUGUGUCAGCCUCCCUGACCCCUGCCAUUUGGGAUAAGACCAUUCCCUAUGAUGGGGAGACCUUCCACCUGGAGUACAUGGACCUGGACGAGUUCCUCCUGGAGAACGGCAUCCCCGUCAGCCUGGAGGCCGGCCUGCAGAAGACGCUGACCUCCGUGGAGGGCAAAGGCAAAUCCAGCGUCAAGGUGGCUGCUCCUGCUGCCACUGUUGUUGCUGCUACUCCUCCUCCUCCUCCUGCUGCUGCUCCUCCUGCUGCUGCUCCUGCUGCUGCUCCUGCUGCUGCUUCUGCUGCUUCUGCUGCUUCAGCCUCAGCAUCCUCAGCCUCUGCCUCCAGCCCCACCUCCACUGUCACCUCAGAACCAGAGGAAACGGUGACGAUCACAACUUUACAACCAGCUAAACUAGAGGAAGAGGAGGAGGAGGAGGAAGAAGAAGAAGAGGAGGAAGAGGAGGAAGAAGAAGAUGAGGAGGGACAAGAAGAGGAUUCUCAGUUUGAGGAGGAGACAGCAGAAGUGAAGGAGAAGAAACCAGAGCGCAGCACGCCCUCCCCCAUUGACCCAGAUGCACUUGAGGUGGACAUCAACUUCCAGCCGGACCCCACAGACCUGGUCCUGUCCAGCGUUCCGGGAGGAGAACUGUUCAACCCUCGCAAACACAAGUUCUCGGACCAGGAGCUGAAGCCACAGCCCAUGAUCAAGAAGGCCAAGAAGGUGUUUGUUCCUGAUGAACACAAGGAUGAUAGGUACUGGUCCAGGAGAAAGAAGAACAACCUGGCGGCGAAGCGCUCCCGUGAUGCGCGGCGGCUGAAGGAGAACCAGAUCACGGUGCGCGCCUCCUUCCUGGAGCGGGAGAACGCGGCGCUGAGGCAGCAGGUGGCCGAGAUGCGGAAGGACUGCGGCCGCUGCAAGAACGUCCUGGCCCGGUACGAGGCGAAGUACGGCCCGCUGUAGACCCGUCCCAACAGAACCCGUGAGGUGUCACUGAGACGAGAGCAGAAGUCCCUUCCCCGCAAAAUUCAACACAGACACAAAUACCAAGGCAAUCUCAAUUUGCACUUUUGUCUUCGCUGGCCACCAGUCACUGUGUUCUGUGCUCCAGGUGUUGUUGAUUUCAACCUGAUGCUGGCGUUUUGGAUACACACUGGGAGGCAGUGAGGCAUGAUGGGAGCGGUGGUCACAGGACGGCCUGUGGAGAGCGCCUGGCUCCUUCACUCAGUGUGUGAUUGUGGAAACUCCCGAAGGUCACACACACACACACACAGAGGUCGAGGUCUAUUCAGAGAAGUUGGGGAAUAAGAAAAAGAGCAGGCUGGUACAAAAGAGUCGCACGUUUUUUCCCACAAAAACGGCCGACACACACACUUCCAUUUCCCUCACUGCACAGCAGCUCUUCUUAGAGGACCAGAGCAUGAGUAGCGUCAGUCAGAAGUCGUGUCUUUAGAAAAGGGGCACGCGGUCCCUCACGUUUCCUUGUGUUGCACUUAGGUUUGUGUCUGUACUUCCUUUAAAAUGCUCCAGCUGAGGCUCAGAGGAGAGGGACACAUGAAAACAUGCAUUCAGGAGCAGGAGGCAGAUGCACCUCCUGAAAAGAGAGAGAGGGAGACGAGUCAAAGAGCUCAGGUCAGGAGAGGAGGAGAGGAGGAGGAGGUAGUGGCGAGAUUCAUCCCCUCUUGUAAUCCACAUCUGCACACACACACACACACACACACAUAAUACGGUUUAAGAAAGAACUUUGUAUAUAUGUUCAUCUACCAGCGCCACAUACAAACGUGUGUGAAUCAGUGUGUAAUCCAUUUUUGCACCUUUCUUAAGCAGCAGGUGUGUAAAGGUUUCUCGUGGCUGCAGGUCUUUGACCUUAUUCACCACAGUGGGAGACUUGGUAGCUUAAAAAACAAAAACAUGCAUGACCUUCAGUUUAAAGCUACCGUUUCCUUUUCUACUGACCUCAGAUCAGCUUCCAGAGCCUCACACUAUAUUUUACUACAGAAGACAGAUUUGGGGUGAUGGAGGUUUUGAAGGGGAGAGGUGGAGAGUUGGUAGGAUCCUGUUUUACGCACAAAGGCGAACGUUCGAUGGUCUCCAGGUUCCUCACCGCUGGAGGGGUACAGUCAUUUAUAGGGAUGUUUAUUAUACUGCACACUGCAAGUAGAGGGCGCUAGAGCCACUGCCUCUGACGGCUGGGAUGGAUUUAAAAAACAAACAUUUAGCCAGUUCCAAGGUGGACUGCUUCUAAAUCUUGUAAUUAAAAUGAUUGUCUCACGGUCUUUAUUUCCUACGACAGGAAUCCAGACUGUGUCUUUAUUAACUCAAUACUACUCCUUAUAUCUGCCAAAUAGUCAAUGAGUGCUGUAUUUAUUCUGAUGGUAAUAAUGCAUCUGUUGAUUGUGAUGUACAACAAUAUGUCAGAUUAUUCCACUUCCUUUUGAGAGUCUAUACCUACAUUGAUGAAACCAAUGACAAAGCAGGGAUUUAAAUGGGUAAACUGUGCUUUUGGAUAUUUAUUUUGAAAAACAGAUUUAUAUCGUUACAAAGGUUUUUACGUACAGUGAGUGUCUGAACAGCAAAAGGACCAGACACACUCUUAUUUACCUCAUCCAACACUUCUUUAUUUAGAAUGGGUACAGGUUUAGCAGGGCUGCAGGGAGGAGGACGCUGAGAGCACAUACAAAGCAGCUCAGCUCCAAUUUGGCAAAACUUUGAAAUCCCACUUCAAGGUUGUUUUUUGGCCAAAGUGGUUGAGUGUGUGUUUGGAUCAGCAAAUACAUCACAGACUGUUACGGGACUUUAUAUCUCAAGUGUCUUGGACUGAUAGGAAACUUGUGAAGGAAAAUAAAAAUGGCAAUAAUACUCCUGUUAUGUAAUGCUCGUUUAAUGUCAGUGAUGAUGUGUGUAGACGUUGCUAUGAUGUACUAAAUAGAAAUGCCCCUACGUCCUUCGUGCUUCCAGUUUAGAUCCUCUGUAGUCCAGGAUCCUAAUGCAUGAAACCCAGUAAACUUGUUUUUUUUUUUUUUAUUCUUGACUAUUAUACACCAAGUGUACUUACGUCUGUGAACCAUCACUGAAACCUGGGAGUGUUUUUGGAUGGUCGGGCUGAUGGCCUGUUGUACAGUUCUGUCAGAAAUGAACAUCAGCUUCUUUCGAUCACUGUGUGGAUUGUUUAGCUCUCGACUUCGGAUCGAUCUAGAUCUAGAUCUAGAUACACUAGAUCAGUCGGUGCUUCUGCGUCUUCAGAAGUAGUUCCUGUGUUUCAGUUUCCAGACGGUGUUGAACUAACUGACACGUGUCAUUUAUUUACAAACUGGACAUCGACUGCAUUGUCCCGUUUCCACACCAGUGGAGGUAAUGGAAGCAAAACUUUGAGAUUGAAAUGUUCUGCAUCAGGCCGACUGAGGGAACUGGCCAAUGGAGCCUUUUUAGGAGGCAAUAAAUCCAGAUCUUUUAUGGUACAGCAUUCAGUGUGUAGCAAUUUUACUGAUGCAAAGUUCCUCAUGAAACUGGCUUGUAAUCGCUGCUCGUUAGGGUUCAGUGGGUCGCAGGUUCAGCUGCACACAUGCCAGCCUGCGGUGAUAACUGGGAAUAUACCGAGAGCAGUGGUUUAGACCUGCAGAUGUAGACGUGUCUCCACCUUCAGACGAGGUUACAAAGUUUUAAUCCUUUAAACAGCAGCUUUGUUUCAGGUGUUUUAUUCCAUCUGUUAAAAAAGAGCAAGUAUCAGUCACACUCCAGCGUAUUAACCAUCAGAUAAAAGGGGCGUGGAAGCUUUAUUUAAUCCGUCCAGAGUGAUAAUAAAUGUCUUUCUAUCAAUAUCAGAUUAAAAAAAAAUUCAGCAUCGCACAAAAAACGUGAAUAAAAACUGGCAAAAGACAGUGCUGUUCUUUUCUUUGCCUCUAGAUGGCGCUAGCACUGAUACACAUCUGAAGGUCUGAAACUGUUGGAAUUGGCUUCAGGUGCUUUUCGCAUCACUGACACUUUUCUUCUAUAGUUGCUAUUUGAGAUAGCUACAAUAAAAAACAAACGGAAAUAUUAAACGUCUCUUGAAAACGUUUUUUAAAGUUUUGUUGUGUGAUGUUUUGCUUCAUUUUCCUCUUUUUAUAUAAACAUGUUUUUGUUGGGUGUUUUUGUAUCGUCCUAACCUUGUAUAGGAUACAUGCGGCUGCAGUGCCAUGUCCUGACUGUAUCUUGUAUCAUGAAUAUGAAAUAAAUUGGUAUUUAAUGACA